AUGGUUUCCCUGAGAGGUCUCCUGAAAAUUUCCCAGCGCCAUCCCCGACCCACUGCGUCGGCAUUGAGAGCGUCCACUGUUGCCCCCGCAUCAGGCUCCCCGUUCAUUAACAAUUCGCAGGGGGCUUCAGCCGCUGUGGCGGAUUUAUCGGAUGCUCUUGGCACGGUUUUUGAUCAGAUUGAUCUUGAUGGUGAUUUGAAUAGCCAGAUUAAUGGAUUGUUGGAGCGACUCGAUCAAGAGGCUUCUCAAUAUGGGAACUCUCAGCUGACAGAUGAGCAAUAUUCUGACUGGGAAUGCUCUCCAGAAAAGGCUGAAUUGAUCUCCGUUGCGUGGCACUGUGCCCGAGAGGUAUAUGAAACCUCCUCGGGUCUACUCAAUGGCCCUAUUCGCAAAGGGAAAUGGAAACUCGUACCAGGCGAUUGCAUCGUUCCAUCAACUGAUGGAACGGUCAAAGCUGUUUCCUUCAACCAUGUGUCGACAGUUGAGGAGGGGACUGAAAACAAGGAUCUCCCUGUACUAGUAGUUGCCAUUCGAGGAAGCGCCAGUGCAGUCGACCAUAUGGUAAAUGCUAACUAUGAGCCACGCAAUGCAGAUGACUUUAUUGAUAUAUCUCGGCUUGCGUCAGAGAACAGCACUGCUCUUCAGGCGCAUUCUGGGUUUCUGGAUAGCGCAAAGGCUCUGGAAAAAGCCGUGUCACAGAGGAUAAAAAUGUAUAUCCGUGAGAAUGCAAGUAACUACAGCCACGUCUUGUUCACUGGCCACUCGGCAGGUGGUGCGGUUGCCUCACUUUUGUUCCUUCGGUAUCUGGCGGAAGAAAGCCUUUACCCGAUUCUCGUGUAUAACAUUUGGGGCACCUCCAGUGGUGACAGUCCCUCUCUUGGAAAGCCCCGUGGUUGGAAAUUCUAG